AUGUUUUACUGCUCCCCCCCCCCCCCACCAGACAACGACAACGACAACGAAUUGUCGGCGCCUCUGGCGCAGCCGGCCACCUCAACGUGGUGCCAGAGUCUAGUACUCUCUAUUAGGGAGGAAGCUAAGCGCCUGCUACUCGCCUGUCUUGUGUGGGCGCGUAGCAGACGCAUAGCUGCAGGGCCGGAAGGGCACGAGAUGGAGCCCUGUGUGGGGCUGCCCGAGGAGCGGAGUUUUUUCCCGCUGCCCACUUCCAUCGGCGCUUGCCAGCGCUGUGUUUGUCGUCUGCGAACUGUAUGCGACGCGCAACGACAAAAAUUACUGCUAAGUGGGGAUGUUGAGCAGAACCCCGGCCCCUUAGCAGUACUCCAAAUGAACGUCUCCGCCCUCUCGCAAGUGAAACUCGCCACUCUGAUGGCGUACGGCGCGGACAUCAUAGCCGUCCAGGAGACCUGGAGGUCGCCGGAGCAGCUUGCCACGUACAACACU